GCCGCGACUUCGGCGGAGGCCAGACGUGAGUAGCCGCCGCUGCCUAGUCCUCGCGGCCAGGCUGACGGGACAGCGCGGAGAGCUCCACCGGCGGAUGGAGGCGCCUCCUCGCCCCACCUGAGCUCAGGAGGGGCAAAAGCGGGGCGCAGGGCCCGCCUUCUGCCGCGAGAGCGACCGCACGAACAGCUGGAGGAGCAGCGGGCGCCGGGCUUCUCCCCGCGGGAGCCCCCAGCAUGGUUGACUUUAUUGUGGAGUAUGACUAUGAUGCUGUACAUGAUGAUGAACUAACUAUUCGAGUUGGGGAAAUCAUCAGGAACGUGAAAAAACUGCAGGAGGAAGGAUGGCUAGAAGGAGAACUAAAUGGGAGAAGAGGAAUGUUUCCUGAUAAUUUUGUUAAGGAGAUUAAAAGAGAGACAGAAUCCAAGGAUGAUAGUUUACCCAUUAAGCGUGAACGGCAUGGGAAUGUAGCAAGUCUUGUGCAACGAAUAAGCACCUAUGGACUUCCAGCGGGAGGAAUUCAGCCACAUCCACAAACCAAAAAUAUUAAGAAGAAGACAAAGAAGCGUCAGUGUAAAGUUCUCUUUGAGUAUAUUCCACAAAAUGAGGAUGAAUUGGAGCUAAAAGUAGGAGAUAUUAUUGACAUUAAUGAAGAGGUAGAAGAAGGUUGGUGGAAUGGAACCUUAAACAACAAAUCCGGACUGUUUCCUUCAAAUUUUGUGAAAGAAUUAGAAAUUACAGAUGAUGCUGAAACUCAAGAAGCUCAGGAAGAUUCAGAAACUGUUUUGAUUGGGCCUACCUCACCUUUACCCUCUCCAGGGAAUGGAAAUGAAACUCCACCUGGAUCAAAUACACAGAUAAAGAAAAUCCGAGGAAUUGGAUUUGGAGAUAUUUUUAAAGAAGGCUCAGUGAAACUUAGGACAAGAACAUCCAAUAGUGAAGCCGAAGAGAAAAAAACAGAAAAGCCUCUAAUCAUACAGUCAUUAAGCUCCAAAACUCAGACUGUGGAAAUGACAAGAACAGACACUGAAGGUAAAAUUAAAGCUAAGGAAUAUUGUAGAACGUUAUUUCCCUAUGAUGGUACUAAUGAGGAUGAACUUACUUUUAAAGAGGGAGAGAUAAUCCUCUUGAUAAGUAAGGAAACUGGAGAAGCUGGCUGGUGGAAGGGUGAACUUAAUGGUAAAGAAGGAGUAUUUCCAGACAAUUUUGCUGUUCAGAUAAAUGAACUGGAUAAGGACUUUCCAAAACCAAAGAAGCCACCACCUCCAGCAAAGGGUCUAGCUUCCAAGCCUGACCUAGUAGCUGCAGAGAAAAAGUAUUUUCCUUCAAAACCAGAAGAAAAAGAUGAAAAACCAACACUGGAACAGAAACCUUCUAAACCAGCUGCUCCACAAGUCCCACCCAAGAAACCUACUCCACCUACCAAAGCCAAUAAUUUAUUGAGAUCUCCUGGAACAAUGUACCCAAAGAGACCUGAAAAACCAGUUCCUCCACCACCUCCUGUAGCCAAGAUUAAUGGGGAAGUUUCUACCAUUUCAUCAAAAUUUGAAACUGAGCCAGUAUCAAAACCAAAACUAGAUUCUGAUCCAUUACCACCUAGACCAAAAUCAGUAGAUUUAGAUUCAUUUACAUUUAGGAGCUCCAAAGAAACAGAUCUUGUAAAUUUUGAUGACAUCGCUUCUUCAGAAAACUUACUACAUCUUACUGCAAAUAGACCAAAGAUGCCUGGAAGAAGGUUGCCUGCCCGUUUCAAUGGAGGACAUUCUCCAACUCAAAGCCCAGAAAAAAUCUUAAAGUUACCAAAAGAAGAAGAUAGUGCCAAUCUAAAGCCAUCUGAAUUUAAAAAGGAUCCGUGCUAUUCUCCAAAGCCAUCUGUGUAUUGUUUAGCACCUUCAAGUGCUUCUAAACCAAAUAUGACUGCUUUUGUAAGUACAUUAGAAAGCAAAACUAAAAUGGAAACAGAUGAUGGGAAAACAAGUAUUCUGGAUGAACUUAAAGCUCAGGUUAUUGAAUUGCUGUGCACUGUAGAAUCACUGAAAAAGGAUCAUGGGAAAGAACUGGAAAAACUACGAAAAGAUUUGGAAGAAGAAAAGGCAAUGAGAAGUAACCUAGAGGUGGAAGUAGAGAAGUUGAAGCAAGCAGUUCUGUCUUCUUAAAGAGGCACAGACCCACUGUUCUUAGUGCUCCAGGAAUUCCAAAGCAACACUAUGACCUUCAACUGACGUAAUACCUAAAAAAAUAACAAAUGCUGAUGUUGUGAUAAAGAAGUAUAAGUAUAUAAACUGUAAUAUCUAUAGAUAAGUAGGGAGAGGGUGAACCUUAUAUGUAUAUAUAUAAAGUAUAUAUAUCUAUAUAUAUAGAUAUAUAUAUAUACACACACACACACAUAUGUUUUGCCAAUCUGAAAAAACAAGAGGCCUUAUUUCUUAUGUGCUGGGAUUUGCAAACUUAUUUUUUUUAGUUUGCUUGAAAAUACUACUGAAUCUGUAUAAAAGUAAAGAAGAAAGUUCACAAUAGUUUUUUUAUUGAAACUUGUAUUAUUUUUAAAGAGAUCUGUGCUAUAAAUAUGGUGAUAUCUUUACAAAUAAUCUGUAAAAUAUUCUAUUUGAGAGGGACAAAAUAGAUUUAUAGUAAUUAUAGUCACUACUUUUUCCCAUAAUACAUAAGGGAUAUAAACUUUGUAUAUAUAAAUAUUUUUUACCUUUAGCAUCUUACCCAGGAUUACACUGUUGUGCUGUUUGUUUGCAGUGCUAUUUAUACUCUUGGUGUUAAAUAGGAAUUUCCUAGUUAUAAACCAGAUUACUCACCCAUGCCUAUAGUACUAACUAAUGAAAUAAUCAAAAUAAUUUCUUCAACAUUUAGAGUAUUUUAUAUUGCUUGCACUACAUAGGAUUCACAAAAGGAGUUUAGUUAAAAUGUAUUGUUAAAUAUACAGGGGAAAAUAUGAGCUAUAUUUUAAAUUCAUUAGACCUAGGGAAUUAAAAGUAUUAAUUUAACCCUUAAGUUGUGCCUAAAAACUGCAGCACAUGUAAUAUGCAAACACCAGCCUUAUUGCAGUACUUUCCUUUUUAUGUUAGAAGCUUAAAUGUUACUCAUUUUAUGACCUUGUGACUUAAUCCUUUAUGUCCCUCCUGAAUUUUAAUAGUGGUGUUAAUAGGAAAGCAGAACUCAGAGCUUUCAGAACUUCAGUGUGAGGCUUUGUAUUUUGACAAGUUGUCAUUAUGUAAAUACUUAGGUUUUACUUAAUAGAGCAAACUAACUGGUCGAGAUCUUUUGGGUUGUCACUUAGGUAUCAGUUUUAUAAAGAAUGUUCAUAUCUCAUAACACAUGUUAUAGGUUAUUCAAAAACUAAUAUAUUUGACCAUAUUCAAAAUGAAUUUUCACAAAAAGGAUGAAUUAGCAGUUUCUUCAGUCACUUAGCAACAGUUGAAAAUUUUUAAAUGUUAGAUCUAUAGAUAAUAGGUCUCACUGUGGAUUAUAUUUAAAAAAUUUUAAUUGAAUUUUUUCAUUUUUAAAAUUUAAGUUUUAAGCCUUAUAAAGCAAAUGGCCUUCAACUUUUGACUACCAAGUAUUUUACUUUGAUGUUGUUACAUUAAACCCACCAAAACCAAUAUUUUUAAAUUUUAAUUAUAAUACUGAAAUGUUGUAUUAAUAAAAUUUUAUUCAUCAGAAUAAAAUAAUAGAAAUUCCAAUAUAUAAUUACUUACAGCUAAAUUUACAACUUAAAAAAUUAGUGUUUUUAGGAAAACCUUUUUGUGCGUUGAGUUUGUAUGUAUGUACUUUUUCACUUUAAAGUUCAUGGGCUCUUAUGAUGAUGAAGUCACUACUGAACAAAACUGUUCUUCCUCUUUUAAAAAUGACUUGUUGAACGAUUUCCUUCUAGUUAGAUAAAUUAGAUUUUAUUUUGUUUUAAUGAAAAUUCCUGCGUAGAAAUAAAAACAUGUAUCUUAGAAAUCACCUCCAGUUUUAUGAUUGGUUGAUUAGUGACUCCUUCCCAUACUAAUGGAAUAGGUAGUUUCCAGCAGAUUUACACUCAAAGAGACAAAUGACUAAUCUGGCUAUUUAAAUCUAUUAUUUGCUCCUGAUACGGGAAACUUUAAUUUCUAAUAGUAAACAUCACAAAAUUAAUACAUAAGUAUAUAAUGACCUUGGGGCUAUAUAAAUUUUUCUAUGAGUAUCAAUGGCAGAAACCACUUGAACAGCAUAAAAUCUCAUUGCCAAAUUAUUAGUGAAUGUAUGGUUCAGAUUUUCUAUUUAAAACACAUAAUAUUCUUAAUUUUCCCAAUUCUUUUUUAAUAUUAAGGUAUCUGUUUGAUUAUCUACUCCUGUCUGUGUUUCUCACUGUGUUUCCCACAAUUUGUCUGAAGAAAGGAAGAGGAGAAUAUGGAUCUGAUAUAACAAAGGAUUCUCUUCGUUAUGCUUUUUACUGUGAUCACAGAAAAUUACUCUAGGUGUGUUGUAAACAUUUUAUGCUUGCAUUUAAACUUGAAAUGUAUGAACAGAAUGAGACAAUCAGUUAACUCAAAAAUGAGAAGUGUUAAAAUUUCAUGACCUUGUUUUGCUAUAGCAAUAAAAUGACCAAGUGCAAUGACUUGUUUUAAUAAAAUCAUUUUUUAAAAGUUGCUGCUAUGAGUAUUUUUAACCAUAAAAUUUUACCUUGUUGUAGUCUGACUUGUCUUCACUAUUAUGUAAUACAGCUGGUGUUGUAUUCUAACAUUCCAAAAAUAAGAAUAUACAUAUAUGGGGAAAUUCAAAUAGUAUAUAUUUCACUGAUGUGUUUACAGGUGCUCCAAAAUAAAUAUGCUUCAUUCUCAAAAGAAAAAUUAAUAAUAAAGAAUAGU